AUGUUACGUUCUAAUCUACUGAAUCAUAUUAAGAGGGAUUUAUUGUCGUGCCCCGUCAUCUUGCCUGGAGUGAUUGCUGCGGUGUUACGUUCUCAUCUACUGAAUCAUAUUAAGAAGGAUUUAUUGUCGUGCCCUGUCAUCUUGCCUGGAGUGAUUGCUGCGGUGUUACGUUCGCAUCUACUGAAUCAUAUUAAAAAGGAUUUAUUGUCGUGCCCUGCCAUCCUGCCUGGAGUGGUUGCUGCGGUGUUACGUUCUAAUCUACUCAAUGCAUUUGGGAGUGUGCCCCACUCCUCUCUCUUCUCCGCCCUGCGCUCUGCCGGUCUGACCGCCGACCAACUGCGGCUCAUCCAGGACCUGUAUCAGGGUAGUGUCACUUCCGUCCGGCACAAUGGCGGUAUGACGGCCGAGAUUCCCUUUGGUGCGGGUGUGAGACAGGGCUGCCCAUUGUCUCCCCUUCUCUUUAAUCUCGUGAUGGAGACUUUGAUCCGGCCCCUCGUUGCUAUGGAGGACAUCCAUGGGGCCGACCUACAUGGCACGCGCGUCAGUGUCCUGGCGUACGCGGAUGACUUGGCCUUGGUUGCCAAGUCUGAAGCGUCGCUUAGGGCGCUGCUUGAGGCCGUCGUUCCGGCGGCCUCGUGGGUCGGCCUCAAGUUCAAACCCGCCAAGUGUGCCACGCUUCACGUGGCCAGGCGGACUGUAAGGCCAACCGAAUUCACGAUUGACGGUGCUCCUCUUAGGGUGCUUGGCGAGGGUGAGCCCUAUCAACAUCUGGGGGUCCCCACCGGGAUGAGGGUGGACCAAACCCCGGUGGAUACCAUCGCGAGGCUUGAGGGUGAGGCCGCUGCUAUAUUCGGGAGUAUGCUUGCCCCAUGGCAGAAAUUGCAUGCCCUGCGCACCUUCCUGGUCCCGCAGUUAAUUUUUAACUUUAACACUGCUAGGAUCAGGAAGACGAGCCUGCGCGAACUUGACAAAUUGAUCAAGUCGGGGUGCAAGCGUGUUAUGAACCUCCCGCAGCGUGCCAGUGCAGAGUUGAUCGCGCUCCCCCCUUCCUGGGGUGGAGCCGGCCUCUUGCCGCUCUCUGACCUCGCGGACCUCUCGGCUGUGGCUCACGCCUUCCGCCUCUUGACGUCACCGGACCCUAAGAUCGCACACCUGUCACUUGAGGGUCUCGCUGUCUCUGCUGGUCAGCGGACCGCGGCAGGAGUCGAUAUGGCGUUCCUCGUAUCAUACCUGAACGGGGAGAUUGGCGGUGACACGAAUGUUGCGACAACCUUUUCCUUGGCCCGGGCUGCUCUUAACCGCCUCUCCAAGCGCCUCCCCGACCUUCGGUGGGGGUGGUGUGAGGAGAGGAGAACUUUCCAACUGUCCGUCCCCGGGGAGAGGUCGACCAUCACGGUGGACGGCGGCUCCCGGUCCAAGCUAUCCUCUGUCCUGCGUCUCUCCCUGCAAUUCCACUUCCGGUCCGUCCUUUCAAACAAACCGGACCAGGGCAGGGCCGUUCGUGUCACCGCUGGCUGCCCCUCCUCCAACCACUUCCUUUACGAGGGACGUCAUACGCGAUUCGCUGACUGGCGGUUCAUCCACAGGGCGCGGCUAAAUGUUCUCCCCCUCAACGGUUGCAGACGGUGGGGUGCCGGCGACCGCCGGUGUCGCCGGUGUGGCCGUCAUGAUGAGACCACGGCACAUGUGCUUUGUCACUGUUUGCCUACCAUGUCCGUGGUCUCUAAGCGGCAUGACGCGGUUCUUGACCACCUGAUUGCUGCAAUCCGUCCGUCGCCGGGGGUGGAGACGCGCCGGAAUCAGCGUGUCCCUCUGGAUCGCCUGCUGGCCAACCGUGAGGUCCCGGAUGACUUGGUACGCCUCCGUCCGGAUGUGGUGGUCAUCGAUGAUUCCCGCAAAACUAUUCGAAUUGUCGAUGUCACCAUGCCCUAUGAGGACGGUUGGCGGGCUAUAGUCGAGGCGAGAGAAAGGAAACACGCCGCUUACGCCCCGCUCGCCCGGUUCCUGCGCUCCGGCGGCUUCACAGUAACUGUGGAUGCCUUUGUCGUCGGCGCGUUGGGGGCUUGGGAUAGGGCUAACUGGGACACUCUGGCUCGCCUGGGUGUCUCACGGCAGUACGGUGUCGCCCUUUCCCGCCGUUGUGUCUCCACAGCGGUCCAAUGGAGCCGGGACCUCUAUGUCCAGCAUGUGACUGGUGUGCCCCAGUACCGUCAAACUCGGGAACAAAAUCUUGACCAGGAUCGGGCGAGAUGUAAGAGAAUGAAGACAACCAUCCUUUACCCGUACGAGGCUCUAAAUACAGGAAGAGGAUGCCUCGGAUUACACGCCAAACACGCUGCUGUCACUGGAGCAGUUUAUACACUGAAUAUAUCCAUACUGGUGGUCCUGAUCUAUAGCUGGAGGAUUAGCAGUAACUUCAAGAAGUUUUCAGACCUUCAAGACGUCUACUAUGGAGUACAGAUUGCGUACUUCGCAAUAAUUGGCACACAGCUGUUCAUGAUCAUCCUAAGUAUAUUUCUGUUCUUUGGAAUAUACAAGGCCAGUCAAAACACAGGUGUUCAGCAGUUUCCUCCUGCUCAUUGCACAAUGAAAGCCACGGUCCCUGACUAUCGCAGGCCUGUCAAAACACAGGUGUUCAGCAGCUUCUUCCCGCUCAUUGCACAAUGA